AUGUCGGUUCUUCAUUUUCUUAGCUAUGGCGCUGCGGUAGCCGCCUUUCUUUUCGUCACUCUCGCGAUCGCCAGCGGCCUUCUCUGGAUCUCAGAACUCAUCGAAGAGCACUCAAGACCAGCCAAGGUCAUUGGCACACGCGGAAUCUAUGUAAUUAUAGCUCUGCACAUCGUGCUCUAUUACUCGGAAUCUUUCCCGCUGUGGCACAUCGUCUUCUCUAUCUUCUGUCACCUGGUGUACCUGCAGAACUUCUCCCACUCUUGGCCGGUCAUCUCCCUGGUCUCGCCUUCCUUCAUCGCUUCAUGCGUGCUGGUCAUCGCUGACCACUUCUUGUGGUUCUUCUACUUUGCCGACCUCACACAUCAAGCCCGACAGACUCCGCGGAGAUUAUGGAAAGUCACGCCUCCUAGUUUCGGAGAGAUGGCUACAUUCUUUGGUGUAUGCGUGUGGCUCGCACCUCUGUUCCUAUUCUUGAGUCUGAGUGCGAAUGAUCACGCACUGCCGACAGGAGCGCCGACCUCGCCUACGAAGUCGCAAUUCGAUAUUGCAACGCCAGCGCCAAGAACAUCACUCUUCCGUUCAUUGGUGCAACCGUUCAACUACUUCUCUCGCUCUAAGAGCCGCGUGCAAAACGAAGGGAUCAUUGCGCCCCGCUCGCCAGGUCCCAGCAGGCCAACAUCACCUGUUGGGACACCGACGUUCUCCUUCAAUAACAUGCCGGCCUCACCCACGCGCGCCGGCUCUUUCGAACAACACUUGACCCCAGACUUCCCCGUCCGCUCCCCACCACGGCGUGCGAACUCUGUCGGAGAUGACCUACGCGAUUUUACUCCUAAUAUGUUAAAAAGGCGAUGA